AGUCGUCUGUGAAUCGCGGAGUGCAGCGGUCGGUCGAAAAUCGGAAACACGCAUAGUGCAUAGUGGGAACUGAAAAUGCAACCAAAGAUUGCCUUGAAACUCCUUCUGCUGGGCUUUGUGGCGCUGCAGCUGUUGGAGAUUGGAGCCGGAUACCGGAUACUGGCUCCCAUCUUCUUUCUCGGCGAGAGUCACUUCAUGAUGAUAAACGCCAUUAUCAAAGAACUGGUGAAGCGCGGACACGAGGUGACCUUCGUCACGCCAUUCUCAUUGGCCAAGGAGAACUUGGGCUCCAAUUAUACGGAGGUUCUAAUUCCACAAUACAACAUUUGGAGCGCAGGCAAGUCUAUUGAAGUAAACAGGAGCUUAAACAGCUUUUGUCCGUCACUUGCAGUUAUGGAUAUGAACAAAGCCAAGGCAGCGGUUGACAUGAGAGAUUUGGACACGGUUACAUUCCUCAGGAUGGCCUAUGUCAUCGGCUUGGGUAGCACGGACUUUGCGUUCGAGCAGAAGGAAGUGUUGAAUUUUAUCAAUGCCAAGGACAAGUUGGGCAAAUAUGAUUUGCUUCUGACGGAGCAGUUCUUUAAUGAGGGCGCCCUCUUCUUGGGCUAUCUAUAUCAAAUUCCUAUUAUUACCAUAACAUCCUUUGGCUUCUCCAACUAUUUCUCUUCCUUGACGGGCAUUAUAAAUCCCUGGUCAUAUGUAGCUCACGGCUGGAAGCCCUACAGAGAUCGCAUGUCCUUUUUCGAACGAGUUGAUAACGUUUACAGCUCGCUUGUAGAGGACGCUUUGCGCACCUUUUGGUACUAUCCGGCACUUAAUAAUAUCUUGCAGAAACACUUCUCCAAGCAGUUCAAGGAGCUGCCAACCAUUAAGCAACUGGAGCGUAACAUCUCAGCCAUCCUUCUGAACACAUAUUUGCCUUUGGAGCCGCCUAGGCCCGUUUCAUUCAAUAUGGUUCCCGUGGGUGGACUUCAUAUUCGAUCAGCGAAACUCUUGCCCACAAACAUGCAAAAGUUUUUGGAUCAAGCUAACCAUGGAGCAAUCUAUGUAAGCCUAGGUUGCCAAGUGCCCAGUGUAGCAUUUCCGCCUGAGAAGAUCAAGAUGUUUCUCGGUGUGUUUGGAAGCCUAAAGCAACGCGUCCUGUGGCAUUUCGAAUAUGACAAGUUACCCAAUCUGCCGGCUAAUGUGAUGGUCCAAAAGUCGAUGCCCCAUACUGAUAUACUUGCUCAUCCUAAUGUGAAGGUUUUCAUCUUCCACGGUGGACUUUUCGGCUUUCAGGAGGCGGUACAUUACGGCGUUCCCGUACUCGGCAUGCCCGCCUUCCCCGACCAGCACUUGAAUAUUAAGAAGGGCACAGCUGCUGGUUAUGCCCUUGAAGUCAACUAUCUCACAGUUACAAAGGAGGAGCUGCAGUCUUCCCUUACAGAGCUGCUGGAGAAUCCCAAGUACAGGGAUAACAUGAAGCGUGCCUCGCGCAUCUUUCGCGAUCGUCCGCUGCCUGCGAUGGAUACGGCCAUGUUCUGGAUCGAUUAUGUCAUUGAACACCGUGGAGCACCGCAUAUGGUAUCUGCAGGCUUGGACCUGGCUUGGUAUCAGUUUUACCUGUUCGACAUCCUUGGCAUUGCCUUCGGAAUCGUUGUGUUGCCCAUUUUAGGUUUUCUCCUCGUUUGUCGCAAUUAUAACUCUGCGAAGAAGCCUAAAACAAAGGCUAAGCAAAACUAACAAAGUCCUCAUUUAUGUCAAUAACUCAUUAUGAUAAGCAAUAUUGUGUUAAUUAUUUUGAAUACAUUCUCAAAAUGUUUCUAAUAUCGAAA